AUGAAAGACGAGCAGGUCGUCAUGGAAUCAGCAGCCGAUGCCGCCUAUAAAGGUGAGGAUCCCCCAGCUAGAUUGGAGAUUCACAUAAGGCGCCUGAAGGCCAAGUACAAUGCCGAUGGUUACCUUAUUAUUUCCUUAGCUCACAACAUCCUUCUCGGCUCGAACGACCGUAUUAAAUUGAUUGACUUUGGAAUCGCCAAAGAGCUUAGUACCAGUCUCUUGUCCCAUGGAGCAACAACGGCUGGCGCAGGUAAACAUAACUACCUAUCACCGGAAGCAGCGACUGGUUACCGCAUCGACGAAAACACAAAGGGAUAUGGUCUCAAGACUGAUAUAUGGAGCACUGGCUGUGUUGUGUUGGAAAUGACUACGGGAAAACGUCCAUGGAAUGAGCAUGAUCCUAGGACGGUAUUAUAUCCUAUUGGGAAUGGUAAUACCCCUCCUAUUGCUGACGAUGUUCCUAGUGAUGUGAAAGCUUUCCUCGCCCUGACCUUCAUCGUCGACCCAGCCAAACGUCCCUCAGCAGAAGACCUUCUCAAAGAUAAGUUGCUCGCUGGUAUCACUUCAGACGACAGUGGAAAAGCUGGCACCUCUUCAGCCGACCGUGGAAAUGCAGACACAACAAAGGAGCGAAAAUUUUCGGAUUUUAAAAGGAAAGAAGACGGUUUCCUAGGCAGAGGUGCGUACGGCACAGUUUGGUCGUACCAAGAUAUGAAAACGGAUGAAACAAUUGCGAUCAAGGAAAUAGAUGCCGUAGGAAGUUUAAGAACAAAGGAAGGUGAAGCCCUUUUGAAUACGGUGAAGAUAAUGCGCGAGAUCAGUCAAUACAAGCAUCAACAUAUCGUACAAUAUUACUUCGAGCAUAAUGAUGAGGCUACUGACAAGUGGUACAUUGGAAUGGAAUAUUUGACUGGGGGAUCUUUGACAAAGAAGAUAGCCGGACAGCCACUGACUGAGUACAAACUAAGACGCUACACGUAUCAGAUUCUCUGUGGCAUUCAGUUCCUCCAUGGGAAACACCUAGCCCAUAGGGAUAUCAAGUGUAAGUGA